AUGUCCGAAACAAUUGUUGAAGACCAAGAAUCAAAGACCGUCCCCUGCUGCCACGACCGCCCUCCACAAUACGACUCAUGCCAGCCAAGCCAAGAUAUACCUAGAUCUGUCAUCGAAAACGAGCACACUUGCCGCAUCUUAGUCCGAAAAAUAGAUGGGCUAAAUGAAGAGAUUACCAAUGCGUCAGACGAGGUGGAAAAAAGGCUGGGUACCGGUAAUGAUUACCUCCUGUUUGAGGAGUUUUGUUUAGAGCUGGGUCGAAUAUUGUCAGAGGGGGCUGGGACGGCUAUAGGGUUAGCGAAAGCUUUAAGAGAACGCAUCGUGGAAAACACCGACUUUUAUCCCCCUCUUUCAAAACUUACCGAGAGUGAGUUCGACCGGAUCUAUGCGUCACGAACGCGGGAUUCAGACCAGCAGAUGCGACAGGAGGACGGUAGCGACCAUUCUCAAAGCUCCCCCAAGACCAAGCCUAUGGAAAGCGAUUGUGCGUCCGACUCUCCGUGCUCUUGUGGCCAGUUCUUCGAGCUCUCGGCAAAGAUGGAUGAGAUCAAUGAGAAACUAAGCCAAGGCCUUCUAUCCAAUGAUGCAGCUAGUAUUUCGAAGACGACUGAUGAUGCUGUCGCAAAACCAACUAGGAGCUUUUGGAAGAGAAACCCGAAGACUCCAUCUCGGUCUUAA